AUGCCUCGCGUUGCAGAGGCUAAGAUCUUUCCGGUCCUAAAGGACAAAGUCGCAAUCGUAACCGGCGGAGCGCAGGGUAUGGGAAAAGCCACCGCGGAAGUUUUCCUGAAAGCUGGCGCUAAGGUGGUGGUCUGCGACAUAAAAAAGGAGGGGGAAGACGUCGUCACGGAACUAUCAAAACUUGGUGACGUUAUCUUCGUCCAAGCCGAUAUAUCCAAGUCCGCAGAGGUGCAAAACCUCAUCGAGAAGACAGUAGCACGGUUCGACCGGCUCGAUGUCGCGGUAAAUAAUGCAGCCCUGACCCCAGACAAGACGCCACUCACGGAUUUCGACGAGGAUUAUUGGAAUAAACUCACCAGCAUCAACUUGACGGGCACGGCGCUCUGUUGCAAGUACGAAAUGCAGCAAAUGAUCAAGCAAGGCGGAAAUGGAUCAAUCGUCAACAUCACAUCCAUCAACGCCUACAGACCUCAGCCCAACAUGCCAGCAUAUACAGUUUCCAAACACGCCUUGAUCGGACUCACCAAGCAUGCAGCCACGGAGGGCGGUCUUCAUAACAUCAGAAUCAACGCGAUCGCACCAGGAGCAAUCUACUCCGACAUGUCCGCUGCUGCAUUAAAGACGAUGGGCACGACAGAAGAGGCGUUCACUCGCAGCGCCACCGUCUUCGGCCGGUUUGGGAUGCCGCAUGAAGUCGCGCAAGGAUCCCUCUGGUUAUGCUCCGACGCCUCGUCGUUUGUGACGGGGGUUUGCCUGCCUAUCGAUGGUGGCUUUCUAGCUAUGUGA